CCAACACUACUUUUGUGUCAGCUGGUUUGUACUCAACUUGUACACAAAGUAGAUUCAAAGAAUUUCGAACGCCACAAAUUGGCAGGGGGAAAAAAAACCACUAAAUUAAAACAUUAAAAUCGGACCGGGAGGGGACACUCGUAAUGCCACGGCCAAGACUCAUGACGGUUAUAGUAUAGUAAUAACCCCGCCGGGCUAGCUCGCUAGCUGCUUAGCCAUUUGUUCGCAAUCAUGGCUUCUCGGCAGCAGAGUUCCAAACAGCGGGUGAGGAAACAACAGCGGGGGGACGACGAUGAUGACGACGACUCGGACGCCGAAGAGACCAGCCCGAGCCGCAGCCCCAGUCCGAACCCCAGCCGGGGCCCGCGUAGAUCGCAGAUCAUUCAUAGCGGGCACUUUAUGGUAUCAUCGCCGCACAGCGAGCACCCACCGAAGAAAGGCUACGACUUCGACACGGUCAACAAACAGACCUGUCAGACGUACCACUUCGGCAAGGCCAGCACGUCUCACAUCUCCAUCGACGCCUCGCUCACCAAACUCUUCGAGUGCAUGACGCUGGCUUACAGCGGUAAACUGGUGUCUCCCAAAUGGAAAAACUUCAAAGGUCUGAAGCUGCUCUGGAGGGACAAGAUCCGCCUCAACAACGCCAUCUGGAGGGCCUGGUACAUGCAGUAUGUGGAGAGGAGGCAAAAUCCCGUUUGUCAUUUUGUGACUCCGCUGGAGGGAAACAUAGACCUGGAAGCGCAUCGUACUUCCGAGAUGAUCACCACAGAGGGCAAAUGCUGGAAGAGAAGAAUAGAAAUUGUCAUCAGAGAGUAUCACAAGUGGAGGACUUACUUCAAGAAAAGAUUGCAGAAGCACAAGGAUGACGACCUGUCGAGUUUACUCAAGGGGCCCAAGGAGCAGUUAGGGCUGUUUGGGGAAGUCUCUCCAGACAUGCUCCGUGCUUGCUUUUGUCAGGAUGAAGAGAGCGAGGCCCCCGUGCCCAUGGAGCUGGAGAGCCUCUUUGACAUGGAGAUGCUAUUGUCCGAGGUGUCUGACACGCUCUUUUCCACCUUGGUCUCGCACCAGACCACCGCCUGGCCCAACCCCAAGGAGAACGCUCAUGCGGUCAACGCAGACAUGAUCCAACCGGGCCUCAUGCAGCUGCAGCCCAACCUGGACUUUUCUUUCGAUCCACUACAAGACUUAUUUCACAGCUUCCGUCCGCCCGUCUUCCUCCCCGUUUCCCCCACCGCACCGUCAGGCACCCCACUGCCCGGCAGCGGCUCUCCGUCGCAGAGCCACUUAUUGUCGUCCAUGCAGCUCACAGACAGCCAAAUCCCGUCCCCCAUGACCAGUGCAACCAGUGGAACCAGUGCUGAGAGCAUUGUGGACAACUACUUGCCUCUUUAUCCGGGGCAGGUGGCGCUCAGUGAGCACGCCGCCGUUUCCUCUCAUAAUCCGCUGGCGUCCCAGUGCCUCCCAACGGCCCCCAUUCUCCCCCGCACCUUGGACUCCGCAGCAACCUUGGGCGAGACCGUCGCGAUCUCGCCCUCCGCUGCGCCGACCGCCGAUGCGGCGUGCACGCAUCCCCCGCCGCCUCCCCCUCGGCUGCCCUCCCUGGUUCCGCUGUUAGCCGCCCCGAAGCCUCCGCCGCCGCCUCACACCUUUGCCCGCCCCCGACACCUCCAGCCGGCCAACGGGCACAAAAAACGAGACUUGAAGAAGAUUUCCCCAGCCAACCCAGUCGCCACUCAGCAGCUCUUCAUCACAGGCGUCAUCCCGGCAAUGAAAACCGACGUGACCUCAGCUCCCGGGGUGCUGAUCACUCAUUGUGGAGUGGCCGGUGGGUUCUCUGUAGUACCUCAAACCCAAAAGUCUCCUCAGUGCAUCAUCCCCUCAGAGAACUCGUUUUCCUCCAGCCACCGAAACCAGAAGCCCGCUUCGGUUGUCGUGAAGGGCCAGCCAAGGUCAGGCCAAGGUUCCCCUUGUGCUUUAGAUCAAGUUCCAAGUCCACAGUCACUGAUCACCAGCAGCAGCAGCAGCAGCACAACACCUCAGAUUCCAAGGAGAGCCCACAUCGCCGAGCAGAAGAGACGAUCAAAUAUCAACCACUGCUUCAAAACCCUCGGUGGCCUGGUCCCCACCCUCAACUCCCAAGCCAACAUCAGUAUUGCAGUCACAAUGCAAAAGACGGUGGAACAUGUUGAAAAGCUCAAGCAGGAGAGGGAGCAAAUGCAAGAAGACAUCAGGAAGCUGCAGGAGGAGAUCACAAACCUCAAAGCCUGCAUUAACCUGUGUCACGACCAGAUGCCGGCCACGGGAGCCCAGGUCACGCAGCGGCGCUUUGACCACAUGCAGCACAGGUUCACUGAGUACGUCAAGCUGCGUUCCCGGCAGGACUGGAAGUUCUGGCUUUUCAGCGUCAUCAUCAAGCCUCUCUUCGAGUCCUUCAACAAGAUGGUGUCGACCGCGAGCGGAACGGAGCUUUGCAAGACAACGCUGGAGUGGCUCGAGCGCCACUGCUCCCUGGUCGCACUCAGGCCCAUGGUCAGCAGCAGCCUUUGCCAGUUGAGCACCAGCACCUCCAUCCUCAGCGAUCCAUCACGCUUGCCUGAAGAAGCCAUUCAGGCACUUAGGCACGCCGACGUGGAGCCUCGAUCACAGGCCAUCUGAUGUCCAUCCUUUUCCUCCUCUAAGUCGUCAUCAUCAUCAUGGAGGGCUCAACUCGUCUUCCUCUUUUUGGACUCCUGAGAGCUCUAACGGCUGUGCGCAUGGGUGGCGUCUUUUUUUCGGGGGGCAUUUUUGUAGUCCGGCGUUGUUAGAAAUGAGCCCGUGCGCCGUUGUGGGAGUGAACACAGCAAGCUUGAUUACUGGCCAAUCAAAGCUCCCUCCCUCACAGUUGACGAUGCGCCCCUUUUUUUACACCGAACAUGUCUGCGAAAUAGGGCUUUCCAUUGUCAUCUCCGGCACAAUUUUUUAUUUGUAUUAUUUUUUUUGGCAGAAAGCCCGUUUGCCUCGGCGUGAGUCAUAAUGAACAAUGUUAAACACAGUUCAGAAGCGAAAUGAGUGUGUGGGUAAGUUUCUUUGAAUUUCUCGUAAAGCUUGACACCACAAUGUAGCCCCCCCCCAUUUCCUCCGUCCUUCACAUUUUCCUUGCUCAGCUCUUUUCUGGUGACCUACAGCCCUCAUAGGGAGCUUCACAGAAAUAGCAAUAAAGCACAUAGCUUGUUUUUUUUGUCUCUCCAAAUAUGUUCAGUGCAAACAGUGCCGUGAAAAAGUAUUUGAACAUUUGUCCAGUUCUUUGACACAGUUUCCUCACUUCAGCGUUUAAACUCAUGAGUACUUGUUAAUAUCAGAUAACUCAAAGAGAUGAAAUGCUAUUCUAUUUAUUAAGGAAUUAAUGAUUUAAAGCGGGCGCCUCUAUCAAAAUGUACUUGGCUCCUAUCCCGAAUAAUUGCCGGGGCCACUCGGCAGCAACAAGUAGGAAUGAGUCGUUCACGUCUUGGCGGGACUACUUUGCUCCACUUUAGCAACACUGGAGGGUUUCCGAGCAAGCGUGGCCUUUUAAAGGUCAUGCUAGGUUCAAUCAGUCUGAUAAUCUGAAUAAAGUGGGGAAACUAUGCCAUAAAACUAAGACAUUUAAAAAGAUACUUUUUCAUGGCACUUUAUAUUUACCGUGUGGAUUAGUUGUCUCGUCGUGUGAGUGCGUGUGUAUAUACAGUUUUUGUAUCGAUCCAUGUGUUCUUGUCGGGCUCUCAGGGCAGCGCUGUUGAGCACACAAAACUCACAUUUUGUCUUCCAAUCAUUUUUUAUGAUCACAAUGUAAAUGCAGUGUCAUGUUUUCUCUUCAACAAACGUAAUGAAACGACGCAGUUUGUCAUGUUUUGUACUCAACCAUUUUAAUCACAACAUAAUGCGCUGUCAUGUUUGAUCACAAAACAAUGCUGCGUCUUCAAAAUGUUUUGUGAAAAAAAAAAAACACACGUGUUUUGUUUUAGCAUGACUGGUCACAAAAACAAACAGGGUUAUGUUUCGUUUGCCACAGUCUUUUUAACUACAAAAUACGUUGCCAUAUGUAGACUUGAACACAUUUUUGGAUGCCAAAAAUGCUUUGUUGUGGCUUGUCGCCAACAAACGUCUUGAUUACACAACCUUCAUUGCAAUGUUACGUCCUCAACAACCUUGUUAAACACACGAGAAGAAAAUCUAGUCAUGUUUCAUCUUCAACUUUUGGAUCACUAAACAAUGCGGUUUUGUGUUUUUGAUGCCAACAUGUAUUGUCAUAUGGAAUCAUCAACCUUUUUUAUCACAAACAA